GUGGCUUCACUUCAUGUUAACUAAAUAUAAACGAACGUUUAUAUUAUGAUAAAUAUAUGACUAUAAGCAUUUAAUGAGACACAUUCACCUUAUAAUAAGAGACGAUUUCAACAUCAAGACAAGCUUUCUAAAUUAUUCGAUACCUAUAGAAUGGACUCUAUAAAGGAUAUAGCUAAGUGACCAACUGUGAUUACAGGAUUACGUGAGUGCAUUUAAAAGAUUUUGCGAAACAUUUUAAAAUUCAAAACACCCUAAUAACAAUAACCAUUUUAAUAUCAUUAUUUCUAAUGAACAGCAAAAGGAUAUGGAAUUUUAUUAAAGCUGUUACAGGAAAUAUUCCGCUUCUAAAGAACAUUGCAGUAUAUUCUACAAGUAAAAGAAUAGGAAAUUUUGGAGAGAUUAUGCAUUUAAUGUGGAUACAUUUACUGCUUAUAGUGGGCUUGUGCGAUAAAGUUGAUAAAUGCCCUGAAAGGUAUAGAUUUAACCCUGACCAUGUGGCUUGUUUAAAAAAGUCGCCAAAGUGUGUAGAAGCAGUGGAAGUUAGUGCAGCUGAACAGUACAUAAUAUUGACUAUACAUAACCACUACCGGGAAGACGUUAAUCCUAAACCAUGCAGCAUGUUUCCAUUAUACUGGAAUGUAGAACUUGCUUUCCUUGCACAGCAAUGGGCAAACAACUGUGAAUUUAAGAAGAUUAAGAGAGAAUAUAAUAAGGUACCUGGUAGAUAUAAUGUUGAUCAGAACAUUGGCAUGGGAUACACCACCUGGGAUGGAUUAUUGAGAGCAUGGCAUACAGAAAUGUUAUCAUUUAAUAAUUCUGAUCCACGAGAAGGUGUUGCAGAUUCAUAUAAGAAGAUGAUACGCAGCACAUCUCAUCACAUUGGCUGUGCGGUGUCAAUCUGUUCCAAUCUCGGUGAUUUUCGGGUCUGCAACUACGCUCCUGUUGAAGAUCCGAAAGAACCCAUUUAUAAAGAAUGUAAAGACGAGAUAAAAAUUUUUAAAUGCCAUAACGAAAUUUGUUACAAUGGUGGUCACCUGGACCCCGAUACGUGUAAGUGUACAUGUUAUGACGAAUUACAUAUAAUUAGCAAGGACUGUUCCCUGAACUGUACAUUUCCCGAUCCAUCCGACCCGUGCGAUGCUGCAAAGAAAUCAAUAUGUGCAAAGUUCGAGACAAAAUUUAAAUGUCCCUGGAUGUGCAACGAAUGUAACGUUAAACCCAUCUCAGCGAGAAAUAAAAGUGAUGGUUUCUCUUUCAUCAGACAACCAUUAAGAUUAAGAUGCACAACCUUGCUCAUGUUCGUUAGUCUUUCGCUUCGCAGUAUUUAAAUAUUGGUCAGGAAUUUGGAUCGUCCCAUUUCGUAUACUACCAAUGACACUCAUGUUCUGCUCGGCCGUAAUCCAUAAAAAAUGCCAAGAAAAAGCAAGUAUAUAUUCGGAUUCUAUAUGCAGUGACAAGGAAGCGAUGCAAUGAAACGACUGAAUAUAAAUAGACCAAAUGAAUCAAGUGCAUAAAUAAAAAAAACAAUUAUGAAAAGGGAGGUAAUUACCUAUUCUUUGAAGAACAUUAACAACAAUCCUCCUCACCAUUAUGCCAUCGCAUUAUGGAUGUACAAUAACCAGUGAGAAUGUUGACAGUUAUAUUUUACAUGUUUCAUUUCAAUAAGCAUAAACAAUUAUAUGUCAAGCCUCUAUUUUCUUUCUCUCUCUCUCU